UCCAGUGUUUCAGCGUGGCUAUGGUCUUGUUAUCCCUCGCCAAGUCCACCCUGACGUUCUCCCGCGGCGCCAAUCACGCCUCUUGUCGGGACAUGAUCCCCGGCCACAUCCGAGCUCAACCCCAGGACCCUCAGCGCAGCCACGUCACCCUGCGCACAUCCGCCUCCUCUUACCUGCCUGGACAGUUAAUAACCGUUACUGUCCGAAGCUCUCGGGACUUCAUGGGUUUCCUGCUCCAGGCUCGCAGGGUGGAGGGUGCCGGAGGCAGGGCUGGAGUAGGAGCUGGGGUCCGGUCUACGAGAGUGGGCCCGGUGCUGGUGGGUGGCUCCUGGACCCCCGUUCCCCCCGGCACUCACACCCUGCGCUGCCUCCUGGAGGGCGACACCCUUACACACUCUGACAAACAGCUAAAGAGAAACCUGUCGUUUGUGUGGAGGGCUCCUGAUGCACCCAUGGGAGACAUCCGGUUCUACAUCACGGUGGUGCGGUCCUACUUUGUGUACUGGGCAGGUAUAGAGUCUGCAGUGGUGCGUGAUGGGAGUCGCAGACCUUGGAGUGGGAAUAACAUCACAGGGGUGGAUGGCGCAAAUUCAAUUUUUGCACUACAUGAAGAUGAAGUUACUACUCUGCCAGGUCACACAUCAAAUAAAAAAAAGAACAAGACAGACCGCCUUGCUACUAGCCUAGGGCCCCCUACACCCACAAGCAGUGGAACCGAAAGCUACAAAUCUCAGGAAACACUAACAGAAGUCACUGGUCCAGUCUUGGAGAUGAACAGCUCUGCGACUUUGGCAUCCCUUGUAGUUGACCACCUGACAAAUCAGGCAGACAAUAAGAGGAACAGCCCUACGACUUUAGGAUCUCUUCAAAAUGCUACCAAAGGCAGUGAGACUGAAUAUAUUGAAACUUCAGGAUCCCUUUCAGGUGCGACUGAAGAGGCAGGCACUGACAUAGUAAGCUCCGUUACUCAUACCAAGGACCUUAAGAGCUCUCUUUUGUCGUUCAACCACCUUCUACUCAUGGCCUCUUCCUCCUCAGCUAAUGUUAGACAAGUGGAAUCUACUACCACUCUUUUGCCAAACAUCACAGUGCAAAACUCAACCAGUCCUCUUUCUCAAUCCUUCCUGCUGCACUCCCUUGCUUCCCUUCCCCCUUUGAAGGAUAGUGAGAUUGAAAGAAACUUCCAGGAUCCAAAACUGCCAACCGUUCUUGAAACAAAUAACACAUUAAAAUCUGAAACAACCACCACAGCUCUACCGUCAACCAAUCACAGCUUCCACAAUACAAAUCCCCCAAGACCCACAUCUCAGAAUCCAAAAGGAUUGAUGCAGGCCCAAACUAGUUCAGUCAAGGUUUUAACCCAGAGUAGCUCAUCACAGCCCUGGAGGAGUAGCCCAACCAAGUCCCAAAUUAGUCUAAUCAAGGAUGAAAUGGGUAGCCAGCAUGUGCCCCAGCCCCAGAAACAUCACCUAAAGCCUUUCCUCCGAUCCCAAACGUCUUCACCCAAGCCUUUUCUUCAGGUUCAGACUUCUCCAUCCAAACCUCUCCUCCAGUUCCACACUGGUACAAGUCAGACCUUUCCUUUCUCUCAGGCAUCUUCAUCUAAGCCCUUUUCAAAGACCCAAACCUCUUCACCAAACCUCUUUCUCCCAUCCAAGAUUCCUACCCUUCAGUCCCACACAACUUCAUCCCUCCGACCCAUUCCCGACAAACUCAUGAGCAGUUUACCCAAAACUCAGCUUGAAAAUAGUCUAUCUGGACCCAAAACCGGACCAAGGCAAACAAGUUCACCUCACCCUCAGCUUCAAACAACUGCAUCUCUGAGCAGCCUUUCUCAACAUCAACCUCUGAGCAGUUUUCCUCAAACUAUCCCAACUCAAACUCAGGGUCAAGCUACCUUCUUUGCUCAGACAGAGAAGUCCAGUUCUUACACACCACCUGAGGCUUUGAGCAUCUCCCCACAACCAUUGUCCCAGCCCCUUUCCCAAACUGGUGCUCCACAGGCACAUACCUUUGGGUGGAAACAAACUCAAUCAUCAGUAACUCCUCGAUCGGUCAACCCUCUGGCCUACACAACAAGGUUUUACCCAACCUUUACAAUGGAGGAGGGUAAAGAGGCCAAAGAUCUCCAGUCUCCAGUCAAAACCAUGAGCCCAAUCUUUGCAUCCAGUCCCUCAACCACCACUUCUCCUUCUCUUUCAGUGUCUACACUUCAUUCUUCAUCCAAUUCUUCCAGCCACACUUUGCCUGCCUCUUCCCUUGGUCACUCUACCACUCCUCCUUAUUCCUCCGGAGGUUCAACCCUGGUAUUCGUACAAACUUCUUUCACCCAUGGCUCUUUGUCAUCUUCUCUCUCUUCCUCCUCCAUGAAGAACCAACCCAAAACAGCCCCAGCCCUUUCUGCUCUACCCUCUCCUUCCCCGAUCUCCAUUCCCAUUAAUUUUCCCUCUGUCCAACCUUCCUCUAUGCCAUCCUCCUUAACCUCUUCUACCACACCCUCCUCAAACUAUCCAUCACCAGCUCCUGUGUUUUUCUCAGUCCCUUUAUCUACUUCUUCCUCAUCUCCUUUUACCUCCUCCCAAUCCAUCACAGGUUCAACCGUUUCCUUGCGCUCUUUUUCCACCAUCUCCCCAACCCUCUCCUCCUCUUCCUCAAUUGCCACGUCAACCUCUUCCCCUUUACCUCCCCCUUCCUCAUCCAUCUCUACAUCUUCAUCCUCCUCAAACUCGUCUUUCACCUCUUCUUCUUCUUCUUCGGUAUCCUCCCAGACUACCUCCCCUCACCCAGGACCCUCCCCAGCUCCCUUUCGCUCUCUCUACAACCCUCUCACAUCCACCCCCUCCCUUGUGCCUUCUCAACAACUCACCCAAGGUCAAAGGCUGCCAAUCCAGAACCACACUGCAUCAUCUAAUCCUGAGCCCAGCCUUGAUUUACCAACGCCAAGAACAGUGGUUCACCCAAACCCCGAACCCCAUCCAAGUCUUGACCCAACUUUCAAACAAAAUCUCGACAACAAGUUGAAACCAAACCUUCCCAACACCGAUACUAAACCCAGACCAGCCUCCAAUCCCUCUGCGCCACCAGACAAGGAAGGGAAGUAUCCAGACAUUAUCCCCAGACUCAGUGCCUGGGAGCGGGGCAUGCUGCUGGGCUGCUCAGCUGGCUUGGGCAUGAUUCUGGCGGUUGGAAUAAGGUACAUGUACCGUCAGGCCUGUGGCAAACAGACAGAGGUGACACUGAGCGACAGGGAGAGCGAGUACGGGAGAAGAGAGAGAGGGCUACUCCAUGUCCAGGAGUGUGGAGAUUUGGUCAGAGUUCGGAGAAUCAGAGAGAACAGUUUCGUACUUCUGGCAGAGUACGAUAUACUGGCCUCACCUGGAGACUAAAGGCUGCCUACAUAAAUAGCUUUAGAUACUAUAUAAUUGACUUUAAAUCAGAGAUAUUGUCAGGGCAGAAAUAGUCAUGCUGAGAACGGUGCCCUUAGUAACAUUAGAUUCUACUGAAAUAGUGUAUCAUUGUGUUACUAACUGAAAAGUACAAAUAUACAAAGUUACCUUGAUUAUUGGCAGCUAGUUAGCCUAGCGUGCCUUUCCAAUUAGCUUCUAAACCAAGCUAGCUAACAGCAUUAUAAAAUCAAGAACAUAAUGGUAUUACAUGAGUGAAACACGGUUGUUUCUACGUACUUUUGCCCCAGUAGCAUUGCUGCUUAAUGAUGUUGGUCUGUCCGUCAGUCGUUGUGGUCCAGAGCAAGAUUUCUUGACAGCUUCAGGCCAACUUCAGGCUUUUUUGUAGCUGGAUAUAUCAUUUGUGUCUUAAACGUGCCCUGUCAUACGUAUUUAAUUACUUAAAUUGCCAGAUUGCACAGAGGAAACUUUUGUUUAGCGCAACAAUCAGGUUAAAAUGUCUCCAACAAAUUUUUGGUGCCUAAACUUAUGUCUUAAAAAGUACUUUUUUAAGAUUUUCAUGAAAUUAUUUCUCAGUUACAACUGAGAGUGGGUCUGGUGUCAGCCAGGCUAACGCACAGACAGAGUUUGGUGAAAUCUACUGAGCACAUUCAUGCGGUCUGGGAGAUAAACCCUUUCUAUUUUGGACUGAAUGAGUUUUCGACCAGAGGCUACCUUAGGCCAAAAUAUAAAUUUUACACAUUUAGCUACACCCUCAAUGCUCUACAUCAAAAUUAUUAGCAUGUAGGUUGUUUCACCCACUUCCACACUGCAGAGUGUAGUCACUGCAGCCUCUAGGGGCCAUUUGCAGGUUAGGAGGAGUAUUAAUCUUCUUGUCCAAAAAGCUAUCUUGUGCUCAAGAAAAUGUUCUUGGCUAAAUAUUUCUCCCUCCAGAGAUUUCUGUCUCCCAACAUGUUUAAAGAAUAAAAACUGCUUCCUGAUAGAAAGGAUAUUUACAGACAAGGCUAGGCCGACAUACACCAUUUGGUGGACACGUUUUUGUUUUAGCGUGCAGCAGAAAGAUGAACAGAAACGCUUAGUGACACAAGGGCAGUAAAAUCCAGCUUUAUAUUUGUAUGAUUAGACGUUGUAUUUGUAUGAAUGCAGGAUUUGCAUG